CCUAUUCAGCAUCGUAUUGAAUGUGUAUUUGACCUUUCCGAAAAUAUUGAAACGCUUCCACCACCCUUUCACUGUUUGACUGGCUUCCAUGAGACGGCCCAACGCUUUUUCGAACAAACUGUUGAAACCGUUCGAUUCUUGUUUUCUAUUCAUGUUUUUCUGCACCUCUUUCUUUUCCUGAAUGACAAAUUUUCAGUCACAGUUUAUUAUUCAACAAAAUGA